AUGCUGGCUCAAGCGCUCCAAACCAUCCCCAUCACGUGGCCCUUUGCGGUCUGGGGAUUGGACAUGGUUGGACCCCUGAGCAAGGCGCCCAGGGGCUUUACCCACCUGCUUGUCGCCGUGGAUAUCACGAAAUGGAUUGAAGCAAGGCCUAUUACGACGGCCAAGUCGGCGCAGGCUGCAGCUUUCUUCCAAGACAUCGUCCACCGCUUUGGGGUGCCAAAUUCCAUCAUCACGGACAAUGGCACGAAUUUUACGGGGAAAGAAUUCCUCGAAUUUUGUGACGAUCACCAUAUCCGCAUUGACUGGGCAGCGGUGGCCCACCCGAGCAUGAACGGACAGGUCGAGAACGUGAACAACAUGGUCCUACAGGGACUCAAGCCUAGAAUCUUCAACCGGCUCAAAAAAUUCGCAGGGCGGUGGGUCGCGGAGCUCCCAGCCGUCCUGUGGAGCUUAAAAACAACUCCGAGCCAAGCCACCGGGUUUACGCCAUUCUUUAUGGUGUACGGUUCUGAGGCCAUUCUGCCUACCGAUCUGGAAUACGGCUCCCCGAGGGUGAAGGCCUACAACGAGCAGGGAUCGGAUGCCACCCUCGAGGAUGCCAUGGAUCAGCUCGAUGAGGCGCGCGAUGUCGCGCUCCUACGAUCGGCCAAGUACCAGCAGACGUUGCGUCGGUACCAUCACCACCGCGUCAGGGGGGCGUGCAUUCAACGUUGGCGACUUGGUGCUGCGGGCCCGGGCAAAAGGAGCGACCUCUCCCUCGAUCGCGUCCAGCUCCGCGUCGGUGUAAUCCGCCGGGUACCCCUGACUCAGCUCGUCAAGGGCAAUGUUGGCGUAGUGGAUGCGCGUGACGGCGAAGGCGCACUGCACUCCGAUGAAUAG